AUGGGCUCGGUAGGAACACCCUCGACCAUGAAGCAGUGGACCAUCACCAGUACCGAGAAGGGCUUCGAUGGGCUCCAAUACACUGAUGCCAAGGUUCCCGAGAUUGGCGACAACGAGGUCCUCGUCAAGCUCCACGCCGCGUCUCUGAACUUUCGCGAUCUCGCCAUCCCCCAGGGCCAGUACCCAAUGCCCGUCAAGACGCCCGUCGUCGCCGGUUCCGAUGGCGCUGGUGAGGUUCUCCAGGUCGGCUCCCGCGUGACCAAAUGGAAGCAAGGCGACCGUGUCGUCACUCUGUUCUGUCAGGCCCACCAGUACGGACCGCCCACGGAGGAGGCCAGCGCUACUGCCCUAGGCGGAGUCAUCGACGGCACGCUCAGACAGUACGCCGUCUUUAGCCAAGACGGUCUUGUCCGCGUCCCCAAGAAUCUGAGCUACAACGAGGCCGCGACUCUCACCUGCGCCGGUGUCACGAGCUGGAAUGCCCUGUACGGACUCCGACAGCUCAAGCCCGGGCAGACGGUACUGGUUCAGGGUACUGGUGGUGUCAGCUUGUUUGCUCUCCAGUUCGCCAAGGCUGCUGGCGCGAUUGUCAUCGCAACAACAUCGUCCGCCGACAAGGCCAAGAUAGUCAAGGACCUCGGCGCCGAUCACGUGCUCAACUACCGCGAGGACAAGGCCUGGGGUGAGACGGCCCGCAAGCUGAGCCGCGGCGGCCAGGGCGUGGACCAGGUGAUCGAGGUUGGCGGCUCGAGCACGCUCGAGCAGAGUCUCAAGGCCGUCAAGAUGGAGGGCAUCAUCACCAUCAUCGGCUUCCUCGGCGGCAUCGAGGCCACCCCCGGCACGGGCCUCCUGCAGACCCUGUUCCACGGCUGCAUCGUCCGCGGCGUGUACGUCGGCUCCAAGGAGCUCUUUGAGGACAUGGUCGCCGCGAUCGAGGCCGGCGACAUCCACCCCGUCGUGGACAAGAAGAUCUUCAAGUUUGACCAGGUCAAGGAGGCCUACGAGUACAUGAAGGCGCAGAAGCACUUUGGCAAGCUCGUGAUUGAGAUUGAAUAG